GAUAGCCAUUUUGAGCGGAAGAAAUCAUACCUUAUCAGCAUCAAUAUACAAUAUAAUCAUAUAUGAAUGAAUAUAUAUUCCGUCAAAUUAUAAUUUUCCAUCUCAUUUUUCAGUCAGUUUUCAUGGCAAUAGCGAUGGCAGCUUGGAGUAAAGAGUUAUGUAUUCUUUACAAACUUGCAAACUUUGGAAUCAGUUUGGUGUUGUUCACAUAUGCAUUACUGAUUGGUGCAGCGAUUAAAGCAGAUUCGGUCGAUCAAAUAAUAAAUAUUCUAAUAUUCUUUUUGGUUAUAUCUGUUGUAAUUGCCGUAGUCGGGUCUGUGCUCUGUGUUUUGAAAUACAAGAAGUCAACGAUUGAUUUUUACAUAGGUGCACAAAUCCUGUUCUUCAUUAUCACAAUAUUGAUAAGUCAUUUUACUGUUGGCAAAUCAAGCUAUCUUAUUUUAUAUCCAAAUUAUUCACAGGCAGCUAUCAUAUUGUAUACCACAUUCUCUUCAUCUUUAUCAGUCAAUACUGGUAUAUGGGAGGUCUUUAAUAAGACUGUAAACUGUAGUAUCCAGUUUAAAUUGAACUCUGAAUAGCUUAUCGGUGCGUAUUUUUCUUUUGUUGAUUUCAUAUCGAAUCAAUGAAGAAGGCGUUUGUGUGUGGUUUUUUUAUUCUGAUGUAUUACAGAUUGACGUACACGAUGAUGUUUUUUGUUGUUCUUGGGAUUUCAGUGAUGAUAUCCAUGUUCGGUGUCGAUUAGUCAAUCAGUCUAC